AUGUCCGAGAAACAACUCUCAAUCUCAAGUGCCGAUAUCGUUCAGGUGCAUUCGCACACGCACACGCACUUGACACCUGAAGAGAAGAGUCAAGAGAAGAGAAUUGUGCGAAAAAUCGAUCUUUGGUUGCUGCCAAUUCUCUCUCUUCUCUACCUGCUAUCAUUUUUGGACCGUUCUAAUGCCGGAAAUGCUCGUCUAGAAGGACUAAACGAUGCUAUAAAUCUGUCUGAUGCAGACUACCUCACCUCUCUAUCUCUCUACUUUGUGGGAUACAUUCUGUGUGAAGUUCCUAGUAACAUCAUUCUCAAGAGAACGACUCCUCGAAUCUGGUUGCCUACGGUCAUGUUGCUUUGGGGGGUCACUUCUACUCUCACUGGAGUGGUCUCCAACUCCUCGGGGUUUCUAGCCAAUCGGUUCUUUCUAGGUGUUACAGAGGCAGGUCUGUUCCCUGGUGUUCUCUUUUACUUCUCCAUGUGGUAUCAGCGGAACGAGAUUCAUUACCGUGUGGCUCUCUUUUUCGCAUGUGCGGCCCUGGCCGGAGCUUUCGGGGGUCUCCUGGCCUACGGAAUUGGCUUCAUGAAAGGCAUUGCAGGACUAGGAGGCUGGGCAUGGAUCUUUAUAAUCGAAGGUCUCGUCACAGUCGUCGUGGCCAUUGCUGCCUACUUUCUCAUCUUCAACUAUCCCUCUACAGCUCGAUUCUUGAGUGAAGAAGAACGAGAGAUUGUCAAGAAGAGACUAGAAAUGGACGGAGAUGCAGCCAAUGAAGAGUCCUUUGAAUGGAAAUGGGUAUGGAGAGCAUUCACCGAUGUUAGAGUGUGGCUAUAUGCUAUUUCUUUCCACGCCCUAGCUCUUCCUCUAUACACUUUGUCCAUGUUCCUACCUUCCAUCAUCAACAACUUUGGCUACUCAACCACUGUUUCCCAGCUUCUGACGGUUCCUGUUUACGCCGCUGCAACUAUCACUACUCUGGCUGCGGCUCUAUUGGCAGAAAGAACCCGAAACAGAUGUUUGUAUAUCAUUGCCGGCAGUGUUGUUGCUCUGAUUGGAUACAUCCUCCUACUAACCACCCAUACCCCUGGUGCCAAGUACGUGGGUGUCUGUUUCGCAGCUGCUGGCAUCUAUCCAGCUUUGGGAACUCUCCUCUCGUGGCCCAGUAUUAAUGUUUCUGGUCAAACGAAACGUUCUGUGGCAGCUGCUAUCCAGAUCAUGAUCGGAGACAUUGCACCCAUCUAUGGUGUUCAAAUAUACAGAAGCAACACAGCACCCAGAUACAUACCUGGGCAUGCCACAGCUCUGGGAUUUGUCGCAGCUGAGAUUGUUAUCACCGGUAUUCUUUGGUGGGUGCUCACUAAAGAGAAUCGAAGACGGGAUGAGCUGCAAAAGCAGGGUGUAGUCUCCGAACACGACGAGUGGAUGGGUGACGAAGAGUUGUCGUACAGAUACGAGACUUAA